ACAACCGGAGAAAAAUUUUUGUUUCAGCUUUCGUGCGAGACGCAAAUUGAAACAUUACUUAUUUUUUCGAAUAUAAAGAACAUACGAGAAGUUUAAUAAAUUUUCAAAAUGGCUGCGCCAAUUCAACAUGAAGAUUUGCUCAAGCUGAAAAGCUUUAUUGAUUUCGUCAAUACAAAUCCCACGGUAUUGAACAUGCCCCAAUUGCAGUUCGUCAAGGAUUUCGUUGAGAAGUUCGGCGGAAAGGUGCCCGAGGGUGAUUUCAAGAUGCCCGAGACUGGCAGUAAAUGUCCAUUUGGCGGCGAUACCGGCGCUAAAGCAAAGCCGGCGGAUUCCUCAGCCAGCGCCGAGGCGGCAGAGGAUUCAUCUGAGAAGAGCGAUGAGGAUGCCAGUGCAUCAGAGCCAGAGUCCGAUAUUGAAUUGGAUAUGGAAGGCGUCAUUGAGGCCGACAAUGAUCCAGCUCAGCCCAUGGGCGACUCCAGCAAAGCGCCCACCGAUGAGGAAAUGGACCAGGCUGGCGAUUUGCGUUCCCAGGCAGCUGCCGCAUACAGUGAACAGAAAUUCGAUGAGGCCAUCAACUUCUACACCAAGGCCAUUGAGCUCAAUCCGGGCAAUGCUCUGUAUCAUGCCAAGCGUGGCCAGGCCUUCCUUAAGCUGCAGAAGCCAAAUGCCUGCAUUCGUGACUGCGACAAGGCCCUGGAGCUAAACUGUGACUCGGCGGCGGCUUACAAGUUCCGUGGACGCGCCCAUCGUCUGCUUGGUCAGUUCGAGGAGGCCGCCAAGGAUUUGCGGCAGGCGUGCAAGUUGGACUUUGAUGAGGAGGCCGACGAGUGGCUGCGCGAAGUCACCCCCAAUGCCAAGAAGAUUGAAAUGCAUCGCAUUAGGCAGGAGCGCAAACAGGCUGAGCGCAAGAUUAAGGAUCGCCAGCGUGCCCAACGUAAGGCUCGCAAGGAGCAGGAGAAGCAAAGCGCUGCUGGCGGCUUCCCGGGUGCUGGUGGUUUCCCAGGUGCUGGUGGCUUCCCAGGAGCUGGCGGUUUCCCAGGAGCUGGUGGCUUCCCAGGUGCUGGCGGCUUCCCAGGAGCUGGUGGCUUCCCGGGUGCUGGUGGCGGCAUGCCUGCUGGUUUCGAUAUGGGCGAUUUGAUGUCGAAAAUGAAGGAUCCCGAAGUGGCAGCUGCCAUGCAAGACAUACUGGCCAAUCCCGCCAACAUUUCCAAAUACGUUUCCAAUCCCAAGAUUUUCAAUUUGAUUAAGAACUUCUUCCCGGGCAGAUUCCCAGGUGGCGAUCCAACUGGUGCCGCCAACAGUGACGAUUCUCCCUUCUCCGAUGCGGAGGGUAAGUCGGCAAACAGCAGCGAACCAAAGGCCAAAAAGGAAUCGUCCGACUUUGUGGAUGAUGGACUUGAUUAGGAUGUGCAACGCUGGACGCAGCAGCAACAAUAAAAAAACCAACAUAAAUACAACAACAAAAA